CGAGAAUAAGGCAGAACAACACCUUUUAUGCGUCGAGGUCCCUUUGUGGUUCACCCAUCACGUAGUCGAACAUGACCACGUGAUCGCGUCUGCUGCUUUCAUAAAGCCGCCACAGGCCACUCAUGUCGGUGCUUUCGAGCACACCGAGUUUCUGAUCCAACUCACGCCGACGUUUAUUUCUACUUUUGACCAACGCUGCUGUCGUCAAACGCGGAGAAGAUGCCCCCUGAUAACCUGAGCACCCCCGGGAAGACGCGUCGCGUCGGCAACGACGACCGCGCGAUCUCACAGGCAGCACGAGUACCCGUGAGGCGGAAUUCGGAGAGCGAUGUUCCAGACAGCGAACCGGAGCGGUUGUCGUCAUCACUGCCGCCGUCUUUGGUCUUUCCGUCUCCCGCCCGUCCUCCGACGCAGAGCCGCACCGCGCCAGCCAGGCAGCCCAUCGAUAUCUCCUCCGACUCGGAGCCGGAGCCUGCGCUUGGGUUUGGGAUCGUUGGUAGACCGCGGCCGCACAAGCCCCGUGCUUCGACUGCCACCCCGAAGAAGACGACGAGCGCAGCGUCCAGCACAUCCGGGACGACGCGGAACAGGAUCCCGGCGGGCUGCACGCUGGUCGACACGCGCCUGGUGCGCACCGCUUCAGGCACGGAGAUCGUGCUGGGCUCGGAGGGCGAGGACGAGGAGUGCUACGCGGACUCCGACGCGGCGGCGGGAACGCCCCGGCCCGCGGCCCGGACGCACACGCGCCGCGCGGGGGAGAUGGCUGACGUGGUGGUCGUGGUGGACUCGGAUGAGGAAGUGGCGCGUGUGAGAGCGGGUCCUGGCGUCGCGCUGCGCCACGUCGAUCCUGCUGACAUCAUACCUGAGACAGACGACGACGACGACGACGACAUCCAGGAGAUCACCAAGCGCCAGUUUGACGCGGGCGUGCUGCUGUCGAGUCGGGCUGCUGGGAAGGAGCCUGGGAGGGUGGCGGAAUUCGUAAGCUGGAGCUCGGUGCAAGUCAACGUCUCGAGUGGCUUGGAGGAGGAGGACGUCGUUGACGUCGAUGAUGGCGGGUACUGGACUCCGACGGAAGACGACAACGACCUCGCCGACGAUGCAGAUGCCGAGGAGGACGAUGAAGGCCAAGAUUCCGACGAGGGGGAAGUCUGCGAGCCCGAGGACCUCGCGACGAAAUACCAAAAGUACUGGUCGCCGGACACCAGCCCGGCGCACGCCCGCAUCACAGCCGCAGCCGCAGCCAGGGCAGCGGCCGAGUCGUCUUCCCCACAGCGGCGGUCGCCCCGCAAGCUCAGCCACCAAGCGCAGCUGAAGAAAUCCGCCGAGGCGGCCGCGCAGCAGGCGCUCGAGGCGCUGCAGCUCUACGCGGAGCAGGUGUACACGUGGAUGAACCACGAGGUGUUCGCCGGGCGGCUGCCGGCGCUCGCGGACCUCCGCAUCGUGUGGGCGCCGCGCCUCAUGUCGACGUCCGGGCGGGCGAGGUACUACCGCGACGCGCGCGGCGCGGAGACGGUGUCGAUCGAGCUCGCGACCAAGAUCAUCGACUGCGAAGACCGGGUUCGCAGGACGCUCUCGCAUGAGAUGUGCCACCUGGCGACGUGGAUCAUCGACGACGACUUUGAGGAGAGCCACGGUGCGAAUUUCCGCAAAUGGCGAGUCCACAUGGCAGAUCGCGUCGAAGCAAGAGACCCGGCGGUCAUCAUCGUCGAGACGCACUCGUAUGUGAUCAGGCGUCCCUUCACCUACGUCUGCUCGGCGGGCUGUGGAACUCGGACGCAGGAAAUCGCUGUACCAUCCGAUGAAGGACGACCGUGCGUCCCGAUGCUCCAUACGUGUAAACGCUGUGGCGCGGCCUUCAAGCUCCACUCUGCCCCGGAAUGGUACUCGCCCCAGAGCCGGGAGGCCGCCUUGAAGAAAGCUCGCUCCAAACCCAAGUCGGACAAGCAGCGCGUGGCUGUCGUCGAUUCGAGUCCUGCUGCUGCUGCUGCUGCUGCUGCUCCUGUGCAAAAGUGGAUGCCGCCGCCGAGCGAUCUCGCGGACCUGGCGAAACAGUUUAGUGUCAUCUCGCUCGAGUCUGCAAACUGCGUCAAAGCGGUCAAGAGGCGCAGCUGA